UCUGUAACUAAAAAGUAAAUAUGUUUGCCAAAUGUGUAUGUGGAUAUGCUUCGACAAUACUCUUAGCAAAUGUAUAUUUUUUGUCCGUGUGUAUUACACAUAACAAGACAACAAGCUUGUGCAAUCGAUAUAGCUAUAAGUCAUAGCUACAGCUUUUAUAUUCAGAUCAUAUAUACACAGAAUGGGAUAAUACACUGUAACAUUCAGUCUUUCUACAGAAUGGACAUCUAAAUAAAACAGGAACAACAUAUCGCUAUGAUUAUACAGGAAAAGUAUGAGUCGGCAUGCAGAUAUGUAAAACAAAGGCCUAAGGAUGCCAUAAGGGCUGUCAAGAAGAGACUUAAUGGAAAUAAGAAUUACAGAGAAGUGAUGCUGACCUUGACUGUUCUCGAGACAUGUGUGAAGAACUGUGGUUAUCGCUUCCAUGCUCUCGUCACUACCCGGGACUUUAUUGAUGGAGUUCUGGUUAAGGUCAUUUCGCCUAAAAACAACCCCCCAGCCAUCGUACAGGACAAAGUACUUGCCCUUAUACAGGCUUGGGCUGAUGCUUUCAGGAGUAGUCCGGAUUUGACAGGUGUGGUGCAUGUCUAUGAGGAAAUGAAGAGAAAAGGCAUAGAGUUCCCAAGGUCAGACCUGGAGACCUUAUCACCUAUCCACACACCACAGCGGUUGCAGAGUACCUCAGAGGUGGAUCCCAAACCCAGUGCUCCAGCACAGCCAAAACCUGCCCAUGCAUACUCUGCUCCUCCUGUCCAAAGCCCACCUCAGGUUCCAAACAUGCACAUGGCUGGACCCAUCAACCCCACCUUGGACCAGAUUUCUAGGUUGCGCAGUGAGCUGGAUAUUGUGCGUGGGAACACCAAGGUGAUGUCUGAGAUGUUAACAGAAAUGGUGCCCGGCCAAGAGGAUCCAUCUGACCAUGAGCUUCUGCAGGAGCUGAACAGAACCUGCAGGGCCAUGCAGCAGAGGAUAGUAGAGCUCAUCUCUCGUGUGUCCAACGAGGAGGUCACGGAGGAACUGCUCCAUGUCAAUGACGACCUCAACAACAUAUUUUUGCGAUAUGAGAGAUAUGAGAGGUUCCGGUCUGGUCGAGCUGGUCAUGGUGUCAAUAAUGGGGUCCUGAGUGAGGCCACGGAUGACAAUCUGAUUGACCUUGGGCCAGGUUCUCCUGCAGUGGUGAGCCCCAGGAUCAGUGGCACUCCUCCCUCCAGCCUGCCGGCUUCAGUAGCUCCUGCUCGCUCUGCUUCACCUGCCACACUCUCCUCUCGACUGGCAGGCCUGGAUGUAGGUGCUGAAAGUGUCAGUGGCACUCUGAGUUCUCUAAGUCGCUGUCAGCCACUGUCAGAUGACUUUGACAUGUUUGCCCAGACCAGGAGCGGUACCCUGAAUGACCAAAGGAAGAAUCCACCUUUUGAAGACACACAGGCUGCAAGUGGAGCCGCUCCUACUCUCGAGCUUAGACAACAGAACUCUGGAGGGUUCGCUCUUGCCCAGUCCUCUGUCAUGGAUGACAUUGAGGAAUGGCUCUGUACUGAUGUGAAAGGAGAUGAAGGAGAAGAAGGCGUGACGAGUGAAGAAUUUGAUAAGUUUUUGGAGGAGAGGGCUAAAGCUGCAGAAAUGGUCCCCACACUUCCACUGACGCUGAGUGCAGAUCCCACCAGCACAGCUGGCUCAGCUGUAAAUGCUGGGAAAAAGCCUGAUCGACCUGAAGACUCCACGUUUGUCCUCUAGAAGGAUUUUGGGACUAUUGGGUGUGUGGUAAGUAGGUGGUCCUGCAGACUCAGCGGCCCCCUGUCUUUCCUCUGCUUCCCGCAUUACUACACAAUCAACACUACGGCGUCUGCCUCCUAUCCAGCCUGGUUUGUGAACGGAUCCUAAAGACAGACAUUUUCAUGAGCUUCAGACAUUCAUUUCUUUAAAAAAAAAAGUCACAAUUCAACUCUUUGAAUGUAAGACGUCAUUGAUAUUUCAUUAAUGAAGCACAUGCAAGGAACUAGUAAACUUAAAAAACAGCAUUCUUUGGAUUCUCAAGAAGAAUAGAAUUUUAUCAAUUUCUUUAAAUGUCAGAAGUGGGUUUAUUUAUUUAUUUUUUGUAAUUCUGUUCGGGCAUAGAUUAUUGAAAUUGUUACUCCACAGCAGUGUUGUUCAGCAAGCUACUGCUAAUGCGUCUCAGAAGUCUCCAGUUAGCAGAUGCUUCUAAUACAGAAACAUGUAAUAUGAUCUUUAGCUGUGUAUAUCUCUUGUGAUAUAAUGCAUCUGAAGACCUCAGUAGCACACAAACCUUACGGUUAAGGGAAAUGAAUCGAUUUCACUCAUUUCUUUUUUCCUAGAAAAAGUUUUGCUCUAAUAACAGUAAAUUCAGCUUGAUCUAUUACAUUAUCUAUUAUGUCUAUUAAAUGAAAAUGAACAGAGGAAGGAUUGGUUAGGUUUUUGAGGUAUAUAUUAAUUUCAAUACAUGAACUUGGGAGACUGGUUCAUUUGAUUUCGGUUACAUGAGCGCUGUUUUUUGGUCUACCUCGCAAAGGAGUGAGAAAGGGAAAAGAACGUAUAAGUGAUGGUUCAGCAAAAGAGCAUUAAUAUGUAUAUUUAGGAUCAUUUGCACUGAAGCAGUCUUUUAGGCUGUGCAGAUGGAGCUUUUGUUCAAAUGCAAAUCUUAGCUGUCGUUCGUUGAAAUGCUGCCUGUUAUACGAGACAUAUUCCAAGUAAAUAGAGUUCAAAGCUGACGGUGACUGCAAGGCAGGUUAAAUUGGAUUUUUCCCUCACACAUCUACUGUUGAAGUGAUGUCAAGCUAAGUGUUGUUACUAGGAAAUGAAACGGAUCUGCCUUAAUGAACAAACGCCAUGAGUAGCUAAGUAGGGUAAAAUUUUGAAUUCUGUAUGUCGAAUAUGCUGUUUGAUACAUUUGAGUGUUUUCAUGUGGUGUGACUCACAGAUGUGUACUGUUUUAAUGGACCAAACGACAUAUAGGUGUCCAGAAGAAUAGCUUGCAUCGGGAUUUCCUCCAUGGGGACUUAAAAGAUGUCCAACUGUCUCUGCUUCCCCGACUUCAUGAAAAAAACACUUGCAAAAUCAGAUUCACAAAUCUGUACGCGUUUUGAGUAGGAAUGCCGCAUUUUAACUGCAGAGAAUCUUGUUAUGGGUUGUCAACCAAAAAUACGCAAAAAGGGCAAUCUUCUUCUACAGUCACCCCCUAUCCCUAAUAAAAAUGACAAUUGACAUGUAAAUCUGUAACGAUUGACAGGUUGCAGAAAUGUUUUGAACUCUCCAGUCUCGCAUUAGUCUCUCGUCUUCAGUUUUUGGCUUUCUUGUUACAGUAAAUAGAGAAUUUUUAGAGUUUGUUAAAAUAUCAAAUGUAAAACAAAAUCUAUCAAUGUAUGUUCGACUUAAAUACAUACUUGUUUAAUGUUAGCUAUCAGUCAACUGUAUUUAUUAGGGAUGCCAGAGAAAGAUUUUGGACAUAAAUAGUCAAAAACAGCACUUCUUUGGCCAGACGAGAGAAGUAAACCCAAACCAUAACAGAAAAGACAAAAUAGGCCAUUUUGUCUGCAUUUUUUCCCAGACACAAUUCAUCUGUCAUUCAACAGCUGACCUGUGAGCUGCCACAAAAUUGAAAUAUCUGUUAUAGAUAAAUAUUGCUAGCUAAAGCAUUUUAAUAAUAACUAGCUGUUAAUAGUUUCUUAACUGUUUCCCCUCCCCCCAGACUUACUGUAAUCUAGCGAACUGCUUAUUAAGCAGGAAAUCUAGGCCAGGUCGUUGUUUCUUGUUUGUGUUUGUAUCAUCCUUAUGAAUGCCAAUUUCAUUAAAUGUUAAGCAUAGGAAUUACAAGUCAUAAAAUCAAAAAACACAAAACAUGCUAAUAUAGUUAACUAGUAAGUUUUAUACCAUGGUCUGUCUGAAUACUCGAUUCUGAUUGGCUGCAAGGUGUGCAUUGAAACCGCAUAAUGCACAGGUAGUUUCCAUCAGUUUAAUGAUCAUUCUAAAUUAAUGUGCUGCCUAUAAACAACUGCAACCAUAGCAACAUCCAGUUACAGUUGCAUACAGUAGUUAAACUCACAGCUUGAUGAUUAGUGGAGAAGCAGUACAGAUGCAGGUAAUUCACACAUGCACAAUCUCUCUCUCUCUCGCUCUACUACUAUUAUAAGUCAUUCAAAUAAAUGUAAUUUUAUCACACUACUUUAUCUCUGUGUAUGAUUUAGAGCAGGCAGAAAAUUAACCGUUAUUUUUAUCCUUUCAGUCACAUUUUGCUCUGCAAACAGCAAUGACAGCUUUAUCAUGUAAGUGACCAUGGUAUAAGUGGGAUAAUCCAUGGCUAGGUGUGCAUUACAUGAUUUUUACGCACUCCGUUUCGUGUCAGGUGAUUCUUUGACUCCACGUCAUGCAUUAAAAUCGUGUAAUGCACACCUAGCCGUGGAUUAUCCCUUACAUAGCAGAGGCACUUCAAAAAAUCUUUCAAUUCUUUCACUAGUAAACAUGGAUAUUUCACAUUCUACAGGUACAAAGUUGGUUUGUUUGUGAAAGACAGAACAGCCAUCUAAAUAAAAGUUUUCUAAAUAAAUCCUUUUAAUUCCUGAAUUUACAUCCCAUACAGGAUUUAAAUGGCAUUGUAGGCGGUUGCAGCUGUGCAGAUAUGGCUUGUUUCUAAACGGUGUUUUUGUAAUAAUAAAGAAUAUAUUUCUUAUUAUUUAAUUACACUACAGAGUACAAGCAUCCUGAACAGAAUACUCCACACUUGCCUGCUUUGACAGAUUGUCAUCUUUGUCUCACUUUCAGUCAGGAAAACCCUGUGUAAUGUUUGUUCAGAUUGCAUAUUAACUCUGUAUUUGUUGUGUGCUGAUUGGAUAGACCACAGAGAGACAUUAUGUUGUUGCAGAAACACUAAUUUAAUGUAAUAAUGCACUUCCCUCAAUUCUGCUCUCACAAAAGCAGGUGACACCUGAACUAUCCCAUUGUCCUGGACACAAUCUGGAGCUUUAUAACAUUUUUUUGUUGAACAGUAAAUUCUGGUAGCUUAAAUUGGAUGUCCAGUAAGCAAAGAGAAAAGUGAUGUGAUAGAAGAGAAAGAGACAGGGCUGACAGAUUUGUUCUGCAUGUUAUUCUCUGCUGACAUUUUGUUUAGCUUGUCAGUGGUCUGGUAAGGAGGUCUGUUACAACAGAAUAGUGGUUUCUGACAUUUGUAGAAUUAAGUUUCACAGAAUAUAUUUAUAAUGUCAGCCUCAUGAGAGUAAUGGAACGUCACUAUGUCUUGGAAAAGUCUUGGGAAGAAAGAAAUUGAGUAAUUUUAUUUUAAUGAGUCAUUUCAUUUAUUUAGUUAUUUUUGGAGCAACUUAAUGUUCAGUUUUGAAGAAUGGAAAACAUUCAUUGCAUUAUCUUUUCACCAUCAUGCCUGACAAUGAAUUCUUGUGUAAUGGACUUGUUUUUAUUUAAUUAAUUAAAUUAAAUUUCUUCAUUUCUGAACUCGCAUAAUUUCCUCAGUGAUGCUAAACCCCUGGUCUAUGAGGAAAUCUUUUAUGAACAUGUAUAACAACACUAAUUCAUUUUGUUAAAUCAAAUCCAGUGCCUUCCACUAACAUUAGCACCCUUGGUAAAUAAGGCAAAGAAGGAUGUGAAAAAUUGUCUUUAUUUUUUAAGCGUUUGAUCUUUUGACUUGAAACCCAUAGAAAACCUGUGGGGUAAUGAAAUUUGAAGGAUGUGGAGAGAUUGUGUAUGGAGGAAUGGUCUCAGAUCCCUUGCCAUUCUCCAACCUCAUUAGGCUUGAUAGGAGAACACAGAGCUGUUAUCUUGGCAAAGGGAGGUAGCACAAAGUAUUGACUAAAAGGGUGCCAAUAAUAGUUGCACACCUAUAUUUAACCAAUUUCGGAUAACCCUGUGUUGUGUCUGCAAGUGUUUGACAUCCAUGAGAGCAGAGUAUUUUUGUGAACUUUUUGAGCAAAAGAUCAAAAGGUUAAACACUAAAGACACAUUUUCACAGCCUUCUUUGCUCAUAUUUAUCAAGAGUGCCAAUAUUAGUGGAGGGCACUGUAUGUGCAAUUUUUGUGUAUGGAUAUUUUUAUGGGUAGAAUAAUACUCGUCAGCUUCUGCACUACAUCAUUUAUUGUUUGCAUUUCAGUGUGAUUGGGAGUGUAACGUACUCUGUGGUCUAUAUGUGGAGAAUGUAGGAAUGAGUUAUUUUAUUUUUAUUUCAUAAUGUCAGUAUUGGGAUGGUAAAACUGAAUGCCGUGAUCAACCUCACAGCUUUUGAUUUGAUUUUAUUUUUUAUUAUUUGUGUGAUUUUAAAGCUUGUGUUAAUAGAAACCUGAGUGUUUGUGUUUUGCGUUUUGUAAGCUGUUUAGAGCUUUUUGCACCUCAAGGUUCAAUAAUCAUGACUAUCAGUUGAAAGAUAAAUACAAAUCAUUGACUUCACUGCGAUUGAAAAUAAGUAAGAGAGUUGCUUAAAGGAUCACACAUAGUGGUCAGUGAUGCUCUUUUUUACUUAACGUGGGAAGGAAUUUCUUCAAAAUCAGUGCAUCCUCAUAGCAUUUUCAUAUACAUAUAUGAGUAGUACUUUUCUUUGUCUGGAUAUGUAUUUGAAGUGUUAUGUGUCUGUGUAAGCAUACUCCCAUUCCCGCUUCAGGAAAUGUUCAUUUUAUGGAGAGACAGGAGAACAAGAUUUCGAGUGCGUUGUGUUCAAGCGCGUGUGAGGCACGGCUAUACCGUACACUGCUGUGUACAGAUGUGCUUGUCUGUGUGCUUACUUGUUGUUAUACCUCAAGUUGCACUGUGCUCUUUGAUUCAUGCAUGUGCUAAUCUCCAAUAAAACAUACCAAGCUGGUGACCUUUCAUCAAA